AUGCAAUCUCAAACCGUCCAGCAUAUCACGGAGUGUUUUGUAAAACCCCAGUAUGUCACGGAGGAGUCAAAGCAACCGUACUAUCUAAUGCCAUGGGAGUUACCCAUGCUUUCAUGGCACUACAUCCAAAAAGGCCUUCUUUUCGAAACACCGCCACAGGUUAACCGAGCAAACUUCAUGAACGAUCUCUUAGAUAGACUCAAGUAUUCCCUUUCCCUCACUCUCGUUCAGUACUAUCCUCUUGCUGGCCGCCUAGCGACAGAGAAACAAGAAAAUGACUCUUCCUACCUGAUUUUCGUCGAUUGCGUCAACAGUCCCGGUGCGAAAUUUAUUCAUGCAAAACUCGACAUGAUAACAUCGGAGAUUAUUUCUACGAGGUAUGAACCAUUGGUUGCUCGAUCAUUCUUUGACCAUAAAACAUCCGUCAGCUACGAUGGUCGCACAAAACCCCUGGUUUCCAUCCAAGUUACCGAAUUAAAUGAUGGAGUCUUCAUCGGCUGCUCAAUGAGCCACGCUAUCGCUGAUGGGACCACCUACUGGAGUUUCUGGAAGAAACUGUCCGGUAUAUUCCAAACGGGUGGAAAUAAUAAACAAAAUGAACGUCCUGCUGUAAACCUGAAAAGGUGGUCCUCAGUGGGGUGCGGUCCUUUAGUUGACUUCCCAGUCACUUUUCAAGAUGCGUUCAUCACCAACGUCGAUGUGCCCGAGGGUCAUGUAUCAAGAAAAUUCCACUUUUCGGCAGACUCGGCUGCGAAACUGAAAGCUAAAGCAAAUUCAGAAUGCAAUACCACCGUGAUAUCAUCAUUCCAAUCCUUAAUCGCGCAUUUAUGGAGAUCCAUAACGAAGGCAAGGCGCCUGCCUAGCGAUCAGACAGUUUUAUGUAUCGCCGCUGUAAAUAUUCGACCAAGGAUGAAGCCUCCUUUACCUGCAGAUUGUUUCGGAUGCAUGAUUGGAGCGGCCACUGCGCGAACCACAGCUGGUCAACUCCUCGAAGAAAGUCUCGGAUGGGUGGCUUGGGAGAUACACCAAGCGAUUGUCAGCUACACGGAUGCAUCGGUGCGCAAAUCUACCGAGAAAUGGAUCCGCGCACCAUCAAUUAUCGAUAUUACUAAAUUGUUCUCUCCGAAUUCGAUGGUUGUUGGUGGCUCGCCAUGGUUCGAUAUGUACGGGAAUGAGUUCGGGAUGGGUAAAGCGUUGGCGAUCCUUAUGGGAACUGCGCUCAAGCUUGAUGGUUGUGUUGAGACGUUGCCUGGACUCGAGGGAAGAGGAAGCGUGGAAUUUGGAGUGUGCCUGGGAGCUUCUGCGAUGGAAGCACUGGAAGCUGACGAGGAGUUCAUGGCUUUUGUUUCUUGA